AUGGAUUGGGUUGGCCUAGGCGUUCAUCCCUCGCAUGAGUUAGAUUGGCAACGCUUGGCUAAGGAAUUCUCUAGGAAUGAUGGCGAUUGGCUGGGCCAGUUGCUGUGCGUUGUCUGUGAGUUACUUGGUGUCGGCCUGCUAUGCACAGUGGUGGCAUGGCGACCUUGCGAAAGCCAUUGCCUUUGCAGGCGUGAGGUGGAGGAGAAGAGGCAAACGGCACGGGCAGUGAGAGCAACCAAAGACGAGGAGGAUACCUCGCAGCCGAGUCCUGGUGAUGGAUUUGACAGGGAGCAGGAGCUGGCAGCCACGAAGAUACAGAGCCGAGUCCGGGGGAAGCGUGAGGUGGAGGAGAAGAGGCAAACAGCACGGGCAGCGAGAGCAACCAAAGACGAGGAGGAUACCGCGCAUCCGAAUCCUGGUGAUGGAUUUGACAGGGAGCAGGAGCUGGCAGCCACGAAGAUACAGAGCCGAGUCCGGGGGAAGCACGCCAGGCGUGAGGUGGAGGAGAAGAGGCAAACGGCACGGGCAGUGAGAGCAACCAAAGACGAGGAGGAUACCUCGCAGCCGAGUCCUGGUGAUGGAUUUGACAGGGAGCAGGAGCUGGCAGCCACGAAGAUACAGAGCCGAGUCCGGGGGAAGCACGCCAGGCGUGAGGUGGAGGAGAAGAGGCAAACAGCACGGGCAGCGAGAGCAACCAAAGACGAGGAGGAUACCUCGCAUCCGAAUCCUGGUGAUGGAUUUGACAGGGAGCAGGAGCUGGCAGCCACGAAGAUACAGAGCCGAGUCCGGGGGAAGCACGCCAGGCGUGAGGUGGAGGAGAAGAGGCAAACAGCACGGGCAGCGAGAGCAACCAAAGACGAGGAGGAUACCUCGCAUCCGAAUCCUGGUGAUGGAUUUGACAGGGAGCAGGAGCUGGCAGCCACGAAGAUACAGAGCCGAGUCCGGGGGAAACAAGCGAGGCGGCAGGUGGAGUUGAGGAAGCAAAAGACAUGGACCACACUGGACGGCGAGGAUGCGAGGAGCCCUGGCCCUCCGGAUGGUUUGGACCGUGAGCAGGAGUUGGCAGCCACCAGGAUACAAAGUCGAGUGCGCGGCAAGCAAGCCAGGCGAGAGGUCGAGAAGAAGAGAGAAGCAGCAAGGAACACGGCAGAAUCGGAAGACGAGGAGCACGCGGAUGCCGAAGAUGGCUCGGCGAGUGACGCGAGUGAACGCACCGGCGAGUCCUUGUCUGAAGGUGAGGCCUAG